GACAUGUGAUUCACUUGUGAAAUACAUGCAGCAUUUGGUAGCAGCUUACAGCACUUACUGUGGACACUAAAUGAAUUAGACACGAGCUUAGUAACCAGUUAUAUUUGAGUAUAUUUAAAUAGUGCAAAUUAGAAACCAAUACCCAUUUUGACCCAAUGGACCCAAAAGACGAGCUAUAAAACAGGACAGAAAACAUAUAGAACCUCCUUUUACACCCAGUAAAUGACUAGUUGCCCGCAACUCAACAUAGUACUCCUCUGAUAUAAAAAUUGUUCGUCAGGGUACGAACCAAUCAAAACGCGAAAUGAGACUGCCGUAAAGCGUGACGUUGAUGUUGAGAAUGAGGAGCUGCUUGAUUCACUCAGAACACUUAUCUGUCUCUUUUACAAUCGUUUAAGGCCACUGUUGACGAAGACAGCGGCGUCAUAAUGUCAAACCCGGCUGUGCUCGUCCUGUAUGGCAGCCAGACUGGGACGGCUCAGGACACGGCUCAGAGGAUUGCCCGGCAGGCGCAGAGAAGGCGGCUGCAGGUUCAAGUGUUGCCUCUGGAUGACUACAAUGUGGCCAACUUGAUCUCAGAGUCUCUGGUGGUUUUUGUGUGCUCCACCACUGGCCAAGGAGACCCUCCUGACAAUAUGAAGAACUUCUGGAGGUUUCUCUUCAGAAGGUCUUUACCUGUCGGAUCUCUGUGCCGGCUGGACUGUGCCAUACUGGGUCUGGGGGACUCCUCCUAUCCAAAGUUCAAUUUUGUGGCCAAAAAGCUUCAUAAGCGGCUGGUGCAGCUGGGUGCCAGUGUGCUGCUGCCUGUUGGGCUGGCAGACGACCAGCAUGACCUGGGGUCAGAUGCUGUGAUUGACCCGUGGCUCAAAUCAUUCUGGGAGAAAGUGUUUGCUUUGCACCCGUCUUUGGCAGAUGUGACCCCACUGAGGGAGGAUGAGCCGCUCCCUCCAAAGUACACUUUCCACUUCCUGGAGGAUGUGAAGGAGAUGACAGAUGACAGGCUGAGGAUUCCCUCAGAGCAAACCGUCCCCUCCCAGUCACAUCCCUUUCCCGCCAGACUGGUGUCCAAUGAGAGAGUGACGGACCCGUCUCACUUUCAGGACGUGAGGCACAUCGAGUUUGACAUCACUGGAUCCAACAUCCAGUUUGCUGCGGGUGAUGUGGUGAUGAUGUAUCCUUGUAACGCACCAGAAGACGUACAGCAGUUCUGUCAACUGCUGAGAUUAGAUCCAGAGGCUACAUUCACUCUCACGCCCACAGACAACACUGCAGUCCCAGCCAGGCUUCCUCAGCCCUGCACUGUGCGCCACCUGGUGGAGAGCUACCUGGACAUUGCCGCUGUGCCUCGCCGCUCCUUCUUUGAGCUGCUCUCUACCUUUUCCACCAACGAGCUGGAGCAGGAGAAGCUGGUGGAGUUCAGCUCAGCGGCAGGCCAGGACGAGCUGCACAGCUACUGCAACCGGCCUCGACGCACCGCACUGGAGGUCUUGACAGAUUUCCCUCAUACGACAGCAGAACUCAAAGUGGACUACCUCCUGGAUCUCUUCCCUGAGAUCCAGCCUCGCUCAUUCUCCAUCGCCUCCUCUCUCCAGGCUCACCCACACAGGCUUCAGGUCCUGGUAGCUGUGGUCCGUUACAAAACCAGGAUGCAUCAACCACGGAGAGGCCUCUGCUCCACCUGGUUAGCCUCCCUGGACCCCGCACAAGGGGAGGUGUACGUGCCUCUGUGGGUGAAGAAGGGAACUCUGAAGUUCCCCACAGAAAAGGACACCCCAGUGAUACUGGUUGGACCUGGAACAGGAGUGGCACCCUUCAGGUCGGCUUUACAAGAGAGGACUGCUGAGGGAAAAACCGCCAACGUCUUGUUCUUCGGCUGUCGAUCGGAGUCCAAAGACUUCUACUUCAGGUCGGAGUGGGAGGACAUGAUGAAGGCUGGACAGCUGACCCUCUUCACUGCCUUCUCACGAGACCAGGAGGACAAGGUGUACGUGCAGCAGCGUGUGAGGGAGAACGCUGAGCUCCUGUGGGACCUGAUUACAAAUAAAGGUGCCUGCUUCUACAUCGCUGGCAACGCUAAACAGAUGCCAGCCAGCGUACGUGACGCACUGAAAGAGGUGUUUCAGAGGGAGGGAGACGUAUCCGCCGAGGACGCCGAGCAGAUGCUGGAAGCCAUGGAGAGGACGGGCCGUCUCCAGAGUGAGACCUGGUCCUGAUCACGUGACCUGAGCCACACUACUCCUUACAUUCAGCUGCUGCAGUGUUGAACACAAAACAAUCCCUGCUGUCAUCAAAAUGUAUUCAUUCAUAUCAGUAGCAGCAUAUCUGAGUUUGGAUCAUUUGAACUUUGGCAAAGCAUGUGUGAUAAAAUAAUUUAAACUCAAAACUUCACUUACUAGCUUAUUCUGAGCUUUUAACUGCAUCUCACCGUCCUCAGCAAAUGGAACUUUGGUCACAUGGUAACAGGUAGAUAGUCAGAGAAAGUUCCCACCAUGCCAGACAAACUGCAGGAACAAAAGAAGCACCAAACUCAGAGUAAAAUAUAGUCAUAUUAGUUUUAGUAAACAUCACUGAGAUUUAUGGAAAUGGAUUGCAUGCAGGGACAUGCUACUGUAUCUCAGCAUAUAAACACAUGAGCAGAGACAGUACAGGUGUCAGGAUAAUGUAUUUCCUGUAUUUCACUGUGGGAGACAAGUGGUUGGACCCAUUCAAUGACUGAUAACAAUGAAUAUAACUGUUGCUUCCCAUUGUUCUAAAUGGCGCUCAGCACUAGACGGCAAUGCCACUGCAGGAUGUCAGUAUGGUGAUGAGAUAUUCAAGGAUAGUCACAACACAGUACACGGACCUUUGAGCUUAUAUUAUUUUGUUACAUCAGCGUAGUUUUGUUCAUGGAUACGUAAGUGUUACAAUUUUAAAUAUUGCCUUAUCUAACAGAUUCUCAUGAACCAGUGUGACUUACUGAUAAUAAACUAUCAUUUAUUCAUGCCUGCCACUCUGCCAUAUCCCAGUAAGACUCCUGUAUUCACUGCUUAUAAUCAUUUAUCAUGAUAGUUAGAUCUUAUUUAGUGGUUUUGAGAAAUGUUUCCUCUUAAAAAUGUUGAAAUGAGUUUUUUCCCUUGCAAACAAAGCUCCAUCAAUCUCUUCACAUGAUACUGUGUAGUGUAUUUCACCUUCGUGGAGACGUACGCUGAGCUACUGAAAGAAUUCUGAAAUCAGUGAACUGACUCAGUAAUAUGUAAAGUUAGCUAACUGAGAUGACAGAAGGGGCUUUACCUGUUCACUGGUGUUAUUGGUGCCAAAACUUUUGCCUUAAGAAUGAAACACUAUUGUUCUGAUUGACCCUAAAAUCAAUUUGUCUCUUGUUAGAUCCGCUGAUGUGUCCAAAGGUGAGUUUAUAAAAGCAGUGGAGGCAGCAAGUUAGGCUGUUUCCAUGUAAUGUGUGCAUUAUGCAUGAAGCAGCACAACAAGCAGGAGUACGCGCUGGGACUGUUUCAUGAAGGACAGACAGGACAGUUACUGGAGGUUAAGACCUGAUUUGAGCUCAUUUUUCAAGUAAGAAAAUGAAACAUUCUUCAUAAAGAACAUAUGAAUUAUACAUUUCCUAAAACAAAUGAUUCAAUAUUCAGUCCUGCACCUGCAGUUUGUCUCUAAAUGUGUCUCUAACAAAGCUGCAGUGGAUGAUUUGAGGAUUUGAAGAUUUAUUCUGAAUGACACAGUCACUUCUGCUAAAGCUGUGUGCACUCUCUUCAGGAAUCACAGUAGAAUUUUACAUUGUAGCAUCAAAAGACUGAUGAUGAGGAAGACCAGUGAAAAGUUCUUUGCAUUAGUCUGUCCUGCUUGAUUUAAAGGAUGAAUUAGCUUUCCGCUAGCUUGCUAGCUCGGGACCCUGACUGAAAAUGUGAACUUUUGUUUUGUGCUCACGGCUGGGAACAAAAAUGAAUAGGAUGAUAUUGAAAAAUCCAUUUAAUUUUAAAAUUCUCAUGAAUAAAUAUCCCAUUUGCAAUGUGUUUUCAAUUUAUUCCAAAUAUUUAUAGGAGCAUUUUCAUUCUUAUUGAACAGUUGUAAUUAUGUAUUGCUGAGCGUAACAGACACAAACAAUCUAUGUGAUCGACUUCAAAAUGCCAGACUGCCAAAUAGAAGAUGAAAAUGUAAAAUGAGUACCUAAAAGCUCUGUGUGUGUGUGUGUGUGUGUGAGUGUGUGAGUGUGAAUCCUAACUACAGGAAUGUGUAAACCAUAAACUUGACUGGCUGAUAUACAGUAUAAUGGACCAAUGGCUCAGCAGUGUGUUGAUAAUUGUGACAGAUUGUAUAAAAUAUGUCAUAAUAAAGCAUCAUAAUCUGAAAACUACA